GCCAAUGGGAGCAUUAGAUACAAGACUGCUUUCUCCGCCUCCUUUCGUGACGUGAUUGUGUCGCAGGGCGGGGUUUCCAUUUUCACUGCGAGUUUCGGGGAACAAACAUGGAGCCGGAGAUGGAGGACAAAACCUUAGAGCUGAUGAACAUCUCUGUCAUGGACUCGCAGACUGCAGACCGCUCCCCAAAGAUCACAUUGAUAAAGGUGAGUAAUGGACCUUUGACAGGCUCUAGGAAGCGGCCGUCAGAGGGAAAUUACGAGAAGGAGAAGGACGUGUGCAUCCAGCUCUUUGAUCUGUGGUCUGAGGCAGACCAGGUGGAGUUUGUGGAACACCUGAUCUCACGCAUGUGCCAUUACCAACACGGCCACAUAAACUCCUACCUCAAACCCAUGCUCCAAAGGGACUUCAUUACGGCACUGCCAGCUCAGGGUCUGGAUCAUAUAGCGGAGAACAUCUUGUCCUUCCUGGACGCACGCUCGCUUUGUUCGGCUGAGCUGGUGUGUAAAGAAUGGCAGCGUGUGAUAUCCGAAGGCAUGUUGUGGAAGAAGCUGAUUGAGAGGAUGGUUCGGACAGACCCGCUGUGGAAAGGCCUUUCAGAGAGACACCAGUGGUCCCAGACCAUCGAGGCAAACUGGAGGUGUGGCCGACAUAACCUGCAGAGGAUCCAGUGUAGGUCGGAGAACAGCAAAGGUGUUUACUGCCUUCAGUAUGACGAUGAAAAGAUCAUCAGCGGUCUACGCGAUAACUCCAUCAAGAUAUGGGAUAAACAGACUCUGGAGUGUUUGAAGAUUCUGACGGGGCACACAGGCUCUGUUCUGUGUCUGCAAUACGAUGAGAGAGUCAUUGUUACCGGCUCCUCUGAUUCCACUGUCAGAGUGUGGGAUGUGAACUCGGGGGAGGUUCUGAACACUCUGAUCCACCACAACGAGGCCGUGCUCCACCUGCGAUUCUGUAACGGGCUCAUGGUCACCUGCUCAAAGGAUCGCUCCAUCGCCGUGUGGGACAUGGCCUCUCCUACGGACAUCAGUCUCCGCCGGGUUCUCGUCGGACACAGGGCUGCCGUCAAUGUGGUCGACUUUGAUGACAAGUACAUUGUCUCUGCCUCUGGGGAUCGAACCAUAAAGGUGUGGAGUACAAGCACCUGUGAGUUUGUUCGGACACUAAACGGUCAUAAGCGAGGAAUUGCCUGCCUGCAGUACAGAGACAGACUCGUGGUCAGCGGCUCCUCAGACAACACCAUCAGGCUGUGGGAUAUCGAGUGUGGAGCUUGCUUGCGGGUUUUGGAAGGGCACGAGGAGCUUGUUCGCUGUAUUCGCUUUGAUAACAAGCGGAUCGUGAGUGGAGCAUAUGACGGUAAAAUUAAAGUAUGGGACCUACAAGCUGCUCUCGAUCCACGAGCCCCAGCCAGUACUCUGUGUCUACGUACACUAGUGGAACAUUCUGGCCGAGUGUUCCGGCUCCAGUUCGACGAGUUCCAGAUCAUCAGCAGUUCCCACGAUGACACUAUCCUUAUCUGGGACUUCCUCAACGUGUCGACCAACGGGCAGACAGAAGGACGAUCGCCGUCCCGCACCUAUACCUAUAUAUCCAGAUAGCAGGGAAGCCCUGGUGGCGUGCGGAGUGUGUGCGAGUGUGUGUGGAGACUGUUUGGGUGACCCAGUCUCUGUGGAAGUGUGCCAGGAUCAAAGGUCGAGGAACGCCACCACCACCCCCCUCCCUUCACCCUCCUCUCUCCAUCUGUCCAUUUUAUUUCUCCCCCUCUUCAGUCGAUUUGAGGGCCGCCCCACGACACAAACCACGUCAGUUCUCUUUCUCUCUCUCUGCGGAAGAGGAGGUGGAGAAAAGAUGGAGAGAGAGAUGCCAUUAAGCAGAGAGCAAAAGGGUGGGCGUGGAGCCCCCCUCUCACCCCCGCCACCGCGUACAGAGUGACAGCUGCCCUGGCUCCGCCCCCUGGGCCCAUGAACUCUGUAUCUAUCUUUUGUUCGUUUUAUUUUUAUUGAUUCAAAAAGUAAAAGAUGAAAAACUAAAGGGAGAAGGCAAGGUCUGAGUGCCUUCCUUCCCUCUGGACUGUUCUGCAUGAAUGAGCGAGCGAUGGGACGUGUAACGUGUGCUGGUCAACCCCUUGGUUUUUGUCUUAUGUUGUUGUUUUUUUUAUGCUUUUUCUUUUUUUUUAAGUUGGGAAAUUGACUUCAUGUUUUCUUUUCUUGUGAAAUCGUAUGAAUAAUUGUAGUUUUUUGACUCUUCUCCUGAUAUGUCCCUCCAUUUCUCGUUUUUAGCGCUGUCCGUCUCGUUCCCCUUUUCACUGUCUGCUCGUCUAGGUUUUGAAUGACCCAUAACUGAUCUGAAUUUAGUUGUAAACAGAAUUGUCUCGUCUAAAAUGGUGUUGUAUAUUGAACAGAUUUUUUUAAAGAAAAAAGCGUUAUUAAUAAGAAUAAAGUACUUGACUGUGAAGGAGUGUUAA